UGAUGUAGCGUACUCGUCGGCACCGGAAACAAUGAAGCAGUCCGGGCAGAAACAUGACAUAACUCAAGCUAGUGCUGUUGUGUAACUACACACGCUGUGAGUGACUUCUGUGAUUGUCGCUUCAUUUUAAGGUACUGCACAUUCAUAACUGGCUUGAUGCUGGAUUGAAACGCCAACAACUCUGUUGGCAGAAGCAUCAUUAUGCCUGCCGAAGCCACCGAGCAGCAGGCGUCCUCCUCUCUGUCCAGCCCAGCCAGUGCUGCCCUCACGCUGGGAUGGUCAGAGGAGGAAGGAGCUGCAAGGGGCAAAGCAUCUUGCUCUGUCCCUGAUAACACCCAGAGCUCCGAGGCAGCUGCAGCCUAUCCCACCAGCGCUGGGGCCGGAGACAACAAUGGUGGCAAGAGGUCAGGAGCCUUAUUACACAUUGACCGACAACGGAUCCAGGAAGCCUCUGCCAGUUCUGGAGCUGAUGAACUCUUGGGUCUUGGUGUGGCCGUUUAUGACCAGGAUGUACUUGAACAAGGUGUCCUGCGGCAAGUGGAUGAAGCGAUUCAGGAGUCUAGUCAGGCUGCUGCUAAAGCUGAGGCUGAGAAGGAGUACCAUUCUGUACUGGAUGAUGUGAGAUCUGUUAUGGUCUCUUUGAAGCAAAUCAACAAGAUCAUAGAGCAGCUGUCUCCAUAUGCAGAAUCCAGCAAAGAUAUAAGUCGGAAGAUUGAAUCUGUUAAAAGGCAAAAGGAAAAUAAGGAAAAACAGCUGAAAAAAAUCAGGGCGAAACAGAAGCGUCUUCAGGCCAUCCUGGGAGGAGAGGACUCUCAGCGAGUGGAAGCAGAACUUUUGGCUGAAGAUGAUGAAGAGGAUGAAGAACCUGGGCCGUCUACACUGGGCAGCAUGCUCAUGCCAGCUCAGGAGACUGAAUGGGAGGAGCUUAUUCGGAAAGGUCACAUGACUCCUUUUGGAACCAGAAUACAACAGAAAGAGGUAAAGAAGGAACCUCGGAAACUGAUGUUGGCUGAGAACUCUGCAUUUGACCAGUACCUGGCAGAUCAGGCCAAGAUGGCAACUGAGAGGAAAAGAGUCCCUCUUUUGAAGAAGAAGAAGAAAAGCUCAUCUUUCAGCUCUACCGAAGGAACAAGUAGUAAAACCACAAAAACGGUUCACUCAUCCAAAGACAAGAAAAUGAAGAAGCGCAUGCGAAAGCUGCAGAUAACCGCUUUGAAGGCCCAUCCUAAAGCUCGACCCAAAGCUGAGCCCCAGACGCCCAAAAAGAAGAGGAAGAGACACACGGAGGGAGAGGAAACGGACAGUGAGGGAUCAGAGUACCUGCCCAGUGAUGAACUACUGGAUCCAGAGCAAGAAGAGAGAGAAGCUAUGGCUGAGGGCUUUGGGGAGGAUGAUGAUGAUGAUGAGUAUGAGCUGAAACCUUACAAGAGAAAACCUGAGCGUUGGAGGAAGAAGAAGGCAAAUAAUGAUGAAGAAUAUCACCCUGGGAGUUCAGAUGAAGAGGAAGAUGGCAGUGGUAAAGUGAAAAGAUAUAAGGACGAUGGAGAUGUGGAGUACUACAGGCAACGAAUAAGGAGAUGGAAACGAAACCGCCUUCGAGAACGGGAAGAGAGGAGAGAGAGAGGCGAAGAGCUGUCGGAUGACAGCGAUGCAGAGUUUGACGAAGGCUUCAAAGUUCCUGGUUUCCUCUGGAAAAAACUUUACAAGUACCAGCAGACAGGUGUGCGCUGGAUGUGGGAACUUCAUUGUCAGCAGGCCGGCGGCAUCUUGGGAGACGAGAUGGGAUUGGGCAAAACCAUCCAGGUCAUCAGCUUUCUGGCCGGGCUGAGCUACAGCAAACUGAGGACUAGAGGGUCCAACUACAGAUAUGCUGGUUUGGGUCCAACAGUUAUUGUUUGUCCGGCUACAGUCAUGCACCAGUGGGUUAAAGAGUUUCACACCUGGUGGCCACCGUUCAGAGUUGCUGUUCUCCAUGAAACGGGCUCCUUCACCAGCAAAAAGGAAAAACUGAUUCCAGAAAUAGCCUCAUGUCACGGUAUCCUCAUUACCUCAUAUUCAGCUGUAAGGAAUCUGCAGGACAUCCUAAUACGUUACGACUGGCACUACAUCAUACUAGACGAGGGUCACAAGAUCAGGAAUCCAAAUGCUGCAGUCACUACUGCUUGCAAGCAGUUUCACACUCCUCACAGGUUCAUACUGUCCGGAUCACCGAUGCAGAACAAUUUGAAGGAGCUGUGGUCUCUGUUCGACUUCGUCUUUCCUGGGAAACUCGGGACGCUGCCCGUCUUCAUGGAGCAAUUCUCUGUGCCAAUUACCAUGGGAGGAUACAGCAAUGCCUCACCUGUGCAGGUCCAGACGGCAUACAAGUGUGCGUGUGUGCUGAGGGACACCAUAAAUCCUUACCUGCUCAGAAGAAUGAAGGCUGAUGUCAAGGCCAACCUCUCCUUACCCGACAAGAAUGAGCAGGUGCUGUUUUGCAGACUAACAGAGGAGCAGCGGCAGGUCUACCAGAGCUUCUUAGAUUCCAAAGAAGUCUACCAAAUACUUAAUGGUGACAUGCAGGUGUUCUCGGGUUUGAUCGCACUGCGUAAGAUUUGUAACCACCCGGAUCUGUUCUCGGGUGGCCCUCGGAUGCUGAAGGGAAUCCCAGAGGACCAGCUCACAGAGGAGGAACACUUUGGCUUUUGGAAACGCUCAGGGAAACUGAUAGUGGUGGAGUCCCUGCUUCGGCUCUGGUUCAAACAAGGCCACAGGGUUCUUCUCUUCUCUCAGUCUAGACAGAUGCUGGAUAUAUUGGAAGUAUUUGUAAUGGAGAACAACUACUCAUACCUAAAAAUGGACGGAACAACCACGAUAGCUUCUCGACAGCCAUUGAUUGCUCGCUUCAACCAGGACAAAUCCAUUUUCAUUUUCUUGUUGACCACUAAAGUUGGAGGUCUGGGAGUCAAUCUGACUGGAGCCAACAGAGUCAUCAUCUAUGACCCAGACUGGAACCCCAGCACAGACACACAGGCACGAGAGCGAGCAUGGAGAAUCGGUCAGACGAUGCAAGUAACGAUCUACAGGCUGCUGACUGCAGGCACCAUCGAAGAGAAAAUUUACCACAGGCAAAUCUUUAAACAGUUUCUGACCAAUCGCGUUCUGAAGGAUCCCAAACAAAGACGGUUUUUCAAGUCUAAUGACAUCUAUGAACUCUUCACUCUGGCUGACCCAGAUGGAUCUCAGGGAACAGAAACCAGUGCUAUAUUUGCAGGUACGGGCUCUGAUGUCAAAGUGCCCAAGAAACCAGAGAGGCCGAAGUCCACGUAUAACUAUUCACACUCCUCAGCAAACCAAAGGGAAGCUGCUCCAACCAGGAAACACUCCUCCUCAGAAGACACUCCCAUCUUCAAAAGUGGCCGUUCCUUACCUUCUCAGGGAAAAUCGAGUGCGUUUACUGACUCCAACAGUAUCAAUCAAAACGGUUCGGUUGAAGAGACAAAUAUUCCAGAAGAAAAUAAUAACAAAGAAUCUCAUAGAGUCAGCACUGCAGCAAACAACUCAGUGUUGAAGAACAAUCACCAGCACAAAGACCUUUUAAGCAGUCCUCAGAAACACCGGGAAAAGAGAAAACACUGUGACUCUGAUGAGAAACGUAAGCAUAAAAAGACCAAACGCUCGCGAGAGGCUCGGUUCGAAGGCCACCGCAUCUCUCAUCUGGUGAAGAAAAGGGCUUUUAAGAAAGAAGAGGCUGAAGAAAACGGUGCAAACGAUCAGAAGAAGUCAGAUGAUUAUGUCUUGUCAAAGCUCCUGAAGAAAUCUGGGAUCCACAGUGUGAUGCAGCACGACACCAUCAUGGAGUCCUCCAACCCGGACUACGUUCUUGUAGAAGCAGAAGCCAACAGAGUGGCUAAAGAUGCCCUCAAAGCGCUUAAGAUUUCCCGGCAGCAGUGCCGAUUGCCCUAUAACAGACCCCCUCCUCCACCUGCAAGGAAACGAUUUGGCCAAAAAAAGAAUUCUCUCUUAGUUGGACCUUCUGUUCAGUCUACCACCACUCCUAUCAAAUGCAAGGAUAGUUCUAUUAUAAAAAAGUCAGCAUCAAAGAAACCGGGUGCAGGAGCUCAUUUCAGUGGAGAAGGAGCAGAGGGUGACUCAAACUCCACCCCGCUAUCUUCGGCUUCCCUUCUGGCCAAAAUGAGAGCUCGAAAUCACAUAAGCAGCCUCUCCAGUCGCAGAGACGAUGAAGAAGAGGGCGAGGACGACUCUGAAGCUCCAGGAACCAGCUCUCCUCCUGCUCCAUCCACAGAGCACGAUGAGCUUUUAGUCGAUCUACGCAACUUUGUCGCCUUCCAGGCGAACGUGGACGGGCAGGCCACCACCCAGGAAGUGCUGGACUAUUUCAAACCAAGACUGACACAGGAACAAGUUCCCGUCUUCAGAGAGUUACUCAGGAGCAUCUGCUUUUUUCACAGGACUUCUGGGCAGGAGGGCAUUUGGAAGUUAAAAGAGCACUUUCGCUGACAGAAACCACUGCUACAGUGUUUUUACAAAUGUUGUUAAUGCAAUUAUCAUAGGAUGUCAAACUCAUUCUGGGCCAAAAUAAACCAUUGUACCAUCUUCAGCAACUUCAUGUUGAACAAUGUUUGUUUUACGGGGCCAUAGGAGACCCAUUUUAUAGUUCAAUUAUCUGAAGGAAAUUAUUUUGUUUAGUGUCUUAUUUUAUUUUUUGUCCUUUUUUGGUUGUUGUUGCUUUGAGAUUAAGGAUUCAUCCAUAACUGUAUCUGCUUCCAUGCCUUUUCAGUGGCAUUUUCCAAGGGUUAUACUUGAAUGUCAAUGUUUUCUUUAUAUUUUACUCUUAAAAUUUACAUUAAAACCGUUUACAUGUUUGCUUCCAUUGCAGGUGCUUCAACAGAAUUACCUCGGAUGUGUUGUUUUAGACUUGGAUAUGUAGCUGGUAAUAUAUCAUGUAUGAAUAUUACCUCACUGUAAAGUAAGCUUUGAAGAGUCAAUUCAUGUGUAUUUUUAUUUUAAAAACAUGUUGGAACUUCUCUAAAAUAAAUUCAAAUGACCAGCCUUUGA